AAUUUAAGAGAAAGAGAGUAACUGUAUGAGGAAGACUAGUCUAAAAUGUUCUACCCUUCCCACUAAACACCUUCACCUGUUACAAACCUCCCAAUAACCAGCUACUGUAUUUAGAAUACUAGCUACCAUCCCGUGGUUUUAACCUAAAAAGUGCCAUUAUUAUUUAGGUCAACUGAAGAAACGUCAUUCUUUCAUACUUUCAGACCCGCAACAUGCUCAUCACAAACAAAGCCAAACCAAACCAUUCCUUUUCUUUUUUCUUUAAAUUAAUCUACUUUCUUAGCACCUUCACAGCUCUUCAUAUACCCUCAGCAGCCUCAUAUAUAUAAAGACGUAAUUCAAUUGUCAAACUCACUUUCAAAACACAAGACAAAACAACUCACACUCCGAUUUCUUUACAAUCUUAUCAAAUGGGAUUCUCUAACCCUAUGAUCACCACCUUUCUCUUACUAUUCUCGCUAUUCGCUCUUGUUCCUAAUCCUUGUUUAGCCAAUUCAAGAAUACUUGCACUAGUUAAAGAAAAACCCCUUGUCCUAAAAUACCAUAAAGGUGCUCUUCUAAAGGGAAAUGUCACUGUUAAUCUUAUAUGGUAUGGAAAAUUCACUCCUGCUCAACGUUCAAUCAUCGUCGACUUCAUCCAAUCCCUUAGCCCCAAGAACAAGAAUAUCCAACCGCCGCCUUCCGCCGCAUCAUGGUGGCGCACCACCGAAGCAUACAAAGGUGGCCCUUCCGUUAUUACUCUAGGAAAACAAGUAUUUGACGAAAAAUACUCCAUCGGAAAAUUGUUAAAAGACCCUCAACUUGAAAUUUUGGCAUCUAAGGUAACUCAGGCCAACUCCAUCGCCGUCGUGUUGACGGCGGCGGACGUGGCGGUGGAAGACUUCUGUAUGAAUAGGUGUGGCAUGCACGGGUCAACUCAUGGUAAGAAAAAAGGGAGUAAAUUUGCGUAUGCUUGGGUGGGUAACUCCGCGAAUCAAUGUCCCGGUCAGUGCGCGUGGCCAUUUCAAAAGCCGAUUGUCGGGCCACAGACUACGCCGUUAGGUUCACCAAACGGAGACAUCGGAGUUGACGGAAUGGUUAUCAGUUUAGCGACUGUUUUGGCGGGAACCGUUACGAAUCCGUUUGAUGGCGGGUAUUUUCAGGGCCCAGCUAACGCGCCUUUAGAAUCUGUGUCUGCUUGCACGGGGAUAUUCGGGUCGGGUGCUUUUCCUGGAUUUCCGGGUAUGGUUUUGCUGGAUAAAAAGACGGGUGCUAGCUAUAAUGCGCCUGGAGUGAAUGGGCGUAAAUAUCUGCUUCCUGCUAUGUGGGACCCAAAAACGUCGUCGUGCAAGACACUCGUGUGAAAAUAUUGCCAUAAAAGGAAAGGAAAAAAGACAGAAAUUUUAUUAUCAUUUUGAAAUUUCAACAUUAAUUUGUUCAUUCGAUUUGGAAAUUGUGUUGUGUACAAUAAUCUCUUAACAAGUUUGUUUUCAAUUAAA